UUAACCAGGACCCCACUGUACCGAGAUUCUUAGCCUAAGAUCUCAGCCAUAGGCAUGGCCGGUCUGUACAUUCUGAUGGCCGAGAACGAUUGCCUGUGCAGGCUCGAAGAACUAUCGGAUCGCCAUGUGGUCGUCGAUGGAUCGAACCUCCAGUACUACUUCCUGCAUAGGAAUCAUAAACUGUCGAAUCUUCCUGGCUAUGAAGAAUCCGUCAGGAAGUAUUUCCGCUAUUUACUCAACUCUAGGAUCGUUCCACAUGUUUUCUUCAAGGGGCCUCUGAACGAUCGACGCAAACAGGAGCGGCUCUUGCGAAGCCAGAUCAAAAAUUUUCAUCGCUUGCUCUAUACGCCAUGUGCUGAAUUUGAUCAAGCAUCUCCGAUUGGUACCGGGGAGGUUUUCCGCGGGGUACUCAACUCAUUGGGCAUUCGUUCAAUACAGGUCCCAGCUGGCCGCGAUUACUUGGAUGAAAUCACGUCCCACGCAAAGUUCAUGAACGCCUUCGUGAUCUCAGGAAACACGAGACUGUUUCUGAAGGACAUACCGAUGGGUGUCGUCUGUCCUUCUGCAACAGCGCUCGUAGAUUUCGCGCCGAUGCUGAGAUGUACGAUGAGGGUCUUUCACUAUGAUUCUUUAUGUGCUGGAGUCGAACUCGAUUCGUCGAGGAAUCCUCACGCAAUAACUAUGUGGGGAACCGUCUUGUUCAAUCGAGAUAUCUUCGAACCCUUCACGAUACACUUUUUCAAGAGAUUUCCAAGAGGACUCCCGAAAUUCUAUCCGAAAUCAAGUAGUUCUUUACGACGAAGUUUCCCUGAGGAAAUAUUCCAAAGGAAGCGGUCUCACAUAGACCUCCUUCAAUUCUUCCUCGAGAAUACGGCAGAAAACGCACAGAGUAUUGUCCUGUCACAGUUAUCCCCGGCUUGCCACGAGAUGGCGAUCCUCCUUCUGCAUCAGGACAUACAAAGUCAAAGCAUCGAAGCCUGUAACGUACUCGAACGACUCGAAGAGCAGAUAGAGCAGGGAACCCACUGCGACAAGCACCUACCCCGAUGGUUGCUCCGCCGCGAAUUAGCUGGCUGCGGAAUUCUCCCAGAUACCCUGACUGAUCGAACGCUCUACCUCAUGUGUCAAGUGGAAGACUUCGAAAGGGAAUCUGCCCAUAACAGUUCGCUCCUCCUGCGACGGAUCAUUUACGGACUUUUGUACCCGGCAUGUGACCACGGCGAUAGAGGCAUAGCGAUAUCCGAAAUCGAUAGAUCGGAGCUGCGGAUUCAAGAGACGCAACGAACUCCACUAUGGACCCUAUGGGACGCAGAGCGAUCCGUAUGUCAUGCCCUGCCUCGUUUGGACGAGAUGGAGAACCUCCCCGGAUCGGAGCGCCUACGACUCUUUCUGAUGAGCAUGGGACUCGGGGAGAGAUGGCCUCGCUCGGAUCAAACGCACGCAUCUGUCUACGUGACGGCUGUUCUGAAGUUCUGGAUUGCGUACGGGGCCGAUAUCACGAAAACGGAUCUCUUGAGAGUUCUACUGACGGUUCUCCUUAUUGAGUGGAAAUACAGAAAAUCGAGCGAGGUAUUCCAAGAUCCGGUCGAGCUGAACAAUGAAGCUAUGCUCCACCUAGGCAUGGAGUUCCAUCCUGGGUGUUCAAUCAGCCAAUAUGGAUCCUUCGCUUGUAUGCAUCCGUUAGCUCAAUUGCAGAGCGUCACGCUCUUUGCGGCAAUCUUACACAAGCUUUUCAUGCAGCCUCUCGGCGCUGAAUCCGAUAGCAUCCAGAGAAUAACUAGUGAAGUGGUCUUCUAUCAUAUCUGCCAGCGGACAAAAGAUUUCGGAGCCGCCAAAUUAGAACGAUUCGUCCUAGCUAUGGUGGAAAAGAGCUGCCACAAAAUAUUUGAGAGAAGCCUGGAAAUGAUCUGGAAUCGGGACCAUCGAUAGGAUUAUCGAGGGCCGAGCCAAUCGAGGCCGCUUGCUCCGGCAUUCGGAAGACGUUGUCCCAACUAGAUUCAUUGUAUAGAUGCCUUCGAGCACGCUCGCGAUGACUCGAUAUAUCCGAGACAAUAAAAUUACCACACGGUGAAUUGAGAGAGUCCGCUCCGAGAUCCGUCCGGUUCUCACCCACGCGAUCGGCUCCCUUGGUCAUUUCGCUCCGGGCCUGCCUCGCGAACGAGAGUCA